CAGCCGGCUGAUUUCUUGUUUCUUCUUUCGGUGUUACCACGUUAAACGGAAUUUGCUGAACCGGUGUUGGUAGCAUCAAGAGAAGUUUCUCGAGUUUUCACAAUUGGAUCACCUCUUAUUUCUCGAAUUUGGACGGUCAAUGGAGAUGCUCUUGGACAUAAAGUGCAUCUUCUGGUUAAUUUUCCUGUGGAGUACUGUAACCCAUAAUGAGUCAAGCAAUGCAAUUAGAGUAGAAAAGAGUUCUUCAGUAUUGGGCUCUCUGGCACAGACGGUGGUUCUGCCCUGCCAUUUCUCCACACUGCGACCAUCGGUGCCAAAACCCAAACCUACCUUGGACACCACCACUCUGAAAAAUGCUUCUGUUACCAUCACACCUGCACCAGUAGACCACCUCCGUAUCAAGUGGACAAAACUAGAGGGUGACACUGAGAGCAUAGUACUGGUAGCCCAGAAUGGCAUUACUAAGAUUGGACCAAAUUAUAAAGGGAGAGUAUCUGUACCAAGUCACCUUGAGGAUGUGGGGGAUGCAUCUCUCACGAUGGGGAACUUGAGAGCCAGUGAUGCUGGAGCCUAUCGCUGUGAGGUCAUGCAUGGCAUUGAGGAUACACAGGAUGUCAUCCCCCUGGAUGUUUUUGGUGUUGUGUUUCAUUACCGGGUCAACGCCAAUCGGUACAGCCUGAACUUCGAAAGCGCCAAACAAGCCUGCAAAGAUGCAGGUGCAGCCAUUGCCUCAGUUGAUCAGCUGCUCUCUGCCUAUGAAGAUGGCCUUGAUCAGUGCGAUGCCGGAUGGCUGGCUGACCAAACAGUCAGAUACCCAAUUACAAAGCCUAGGGAAAGUUGCCAUGGUGACAAGAUGGGGAAACCAGGCAUUAGAACAUAUGGAAAUAGAGAUCCCUCAGAAACUUAUGAUGUAUACUGUUAUGUGGGGAAACUUGCAGGUGAAGUGUUUUAUCAUCCAUCCAGCAAUAAGUUUACACUGCAGGAGGCUAGAGAGGAGUGUGAGCAGCUUGGCGCAGUGCUGGCCUCCCCAGGUCAGAUGUAUGCAGCCUGGAGGGAGGGCCUGGACCAGUGUGACUUUGGCUGGCUGUCAGAUGGCAGUGCCCGCUACCCCAUCUCAGUGCCCAGGAUGCAGUGUGGUAGAGGAUUGCUGGGGGUCCGGACCAUGUACCGCUUUUUGAACCAGACUGGAUAUCCAUUACCCACUGAGAAGUUUGGAGCCUUCUGUUUUAAAGGAAAAGAGCCAACAACUCGCAUCACGGACAUCUCUCCCACCUCCUCAACCACAAUGUUCCUCUCUGUUCCUAGUAUGGGUUCCACAACUCCCUUCAGUGACUAUGACAUGGGUGUGUUUGGGGGCCAAGUGCAGGCAGUGCCUGAUCAACCAGAUUUCUUAAACCCCACAUCCAUGCCUCCUCUCCCAACGAUGAAGAGUAUGCCUCCUGGGUUGGACAUCAUCGAAGGCAGUGGCAGUGAAAACGCAGGAGUAUCUGAGACUCCUAAUCAAGAAAUGAUUGUCACUGCCACUCAAGAGCCAUUUGAUAUCAAGCAAGACCAAGCUACACUGGCCAUUGUGUAUAAAGAACAUAUGGAGCGCUCAGGGGUCACUGCAGAGGUCACCACCCAGAUGAGAGGGUAUGUGGACAAGGAUAUGACCACUAAGGGAAAUGGAACAGCCCCUCAGCCUCCUAUCCAGCUCAUCGUAGUUGAUGUGCAUGAUAAAAAGGUGUCAGCUGAUGACAUAGUGAACCUACUUGAGCCUGGUCCAUUAGAGCAAACAUCUCCUUUCCUUCCUAAAAAUACCACUAAAUCUAUUCAAGGUAAACCUGUUUCAAUUAUUGAGGACACUGAUGGAUUGCCUUCAUCCUCUGGUACCACCAGUCCAACUCUGACUUUCAUCAAUGGCAAGCAUGAGGUGCAUUUAACUCUAGAGACUACGGUGGCUCAGGAAGCCAGAGGAGACCAGUUUGAGACAGUAAGUCCAGAAAUUGAGCAGAAAACUGAAACAGCCACGCUCUUUGAUUAUGAAAUAGAAAUGUUUACCUCCUCUGCAGUGGAUGCUAAACAUAGUUCUACCCUAAAGGUUUCACAUGAGACAGUCACAACUUUAGAGCUAAUGACAGAAUUCACAAUAGACAAAUCCUCAGCCUAUGAGAUCACCGCAGAGUCCACUCGCAGCUCACCUACACUUCAGGAGGAUUCUGGGUUGCACCCCACAGAAGAUGUCCUGCCAACACCUGCUUCUUAUGGACCAGAAGUAGUGGUUACAGAUGAGUCAGAAAUCCUUAAAUCAGAGAGGACUUCAAAGCCGCUUGAUUUGGAAUUCUCCACCCAAACACCUUCCCACCUUUUCACUGUCUUUACAGGUCACAGCACUAUUGAGAGAGAAAAGCAACCAGACUCAGAUGACUUUGAAGGAUCUGCCUCAGCAGAGGAAGGUUCAGCACAGGAGCUAUACACAAAACAUCUAAGCUCAUCUCCUUUUACUGUGUCAUCCCCUAUCUUCACCACCUCUUCCAAAAUGCUUGAUUUUGUAACUGAGGUCCCUCUUUCAUCACCCACAGUAGAGAAAGCUAAAAGCACGGUUAUUUCUUUGACUAAAGAGGUGAAGUCUGGUGAUGAAACCACUGAAACAUUUUCAAGGGAAUCAACUUUGACUACAGCAUCUGUCCCAUCCACGUUUAUUCAGCAGAUGGGAGUCACUGAAAAGACUUUUACACAUUCUUCUGUAGUAAGCUCAGAAUCUGAGGGCUCUACUGAAGACUACAUGCCACCUGACCAAUAUCAAACUAUGUUCACGCAAAGGCCAGGGAGCAUCAUUAUCACUAGUAUCUCCACAAAAGACAGAGAGAGUAAGUUAGAUACAACUCCUGAGUUUGAUGAAGUUGAUGAUCAAAGAGCAACCCCGCUCUCUGGAGAAGAGACCAUCCCCAAGAUUCCAUUCCAUACCACUGCCAUUCCAUUUAUGAUAGACUCUGAUGGUACUCCAUUAAUAGUAGAAGCUCUGCCUCCACACCAGGAACAAGUGACUACAUCUGAGCCAGAAACUGGGACAGAUUAUGGAUAUGAAGUGGAAGGGCCUAAAGUUGAAUUUUCAGAUCUCACCUUGUGCACAGGAAUUGUUUGUGAGAAUGGAGGAACUUGCUAUUUUAAUGGUAAAAGCAACACUUGUCAUUGUAUGCCAGGAUUCAGUGGGGAACGCUGUGAAAAUGAUAUUGAUGAAUGUCGGUCCAAUCCAUGUCAUAAUGGAGCCACUUGUAUUGAUGGAGCUAAUUCUUUCACCUGUGUUUGUCUACCCAGCUACUCAGGUGAUCUCUGUGAGCAAGAUACAGAAUCCUGUGACUUUGGCUGGCACAAGUUUCAGGGCUACUGUUAUAAAUACUUCCACCACAGGCGCACAUGGGAUGUGGCAGAGAGGGAGUGUCGGCUGCAGGGUGCCCACCUGACUAGCGUCCUCUCCUAUGAGGAACAGCUCUUUGUCAAUCGCUUGGGGCAUGACUACCAGUGGAUUGGACUCAAUGACAAGAUGUUUGAGAAUGACUUCUACUGGACAGAUGGCAACCCCAUGCAAUAUGAAAACUGGAGACCAGGCCAGCCAGACAGCUUCUUCUCCAAUGGUGAGGACUGUGUGGUGAUGAUAUGGCAUGAGGGGGGACAGUGGAAUGAUGUGCCAUGCAACUACCAUCUGACUUUCACCUGCAAAAAGGGCACAGUGGCUUGCGGACAGCCACCCUCUGUGAAGGAUGCUCGUAUCUUUGGCAGCGUUAAGCCACGCUAUGAGAUCAACUCUCUGGUGAGGUAUCACUGUAAGAAUGGCUUCAUUCAGAGACACAUACCCACCAUCAGAUGUAGAGAUGAUGGCCACUGGGACAAACCCAGAGUCUCCUGCAUGAAUCCAUCUACAUAUCAAGAGACCUUCUCACAAUAUUACCAGUCAAAUAAUGACUUCAACACUAAGAAACCCCACAGUGACGCAGCACUACAGGAUUGGAAAAGGGGAAAAGACUGCAGUGAAACGGGAAGAGGCAGCACCUGAACAAAGAGCAAUUCUGCAGUUUUUAAAGGGACAAAGUGGCAAAUCUGAAUAAUAUGCUUCUAAAUGUCUCUUCAUAUUGCUGAUUCUACUUUAAAGCAAAUAAGCAAAAAGAUCUUCUAUCUUAGAGCAAUACAAAAAUGACAUCACUAAAACAUAUUUGCUGUCUUGCUGACUAUGCAAUACUGUAAUUCUAUAUUAUGUUAAAGUCUCAAAAUUUAUAGCAUAAAAGGGAAGAGUCAAUAUUAAAAAAUGAUAGAAUGAGGGCAAACGAAUUGUGACGAAUGAAUUCAUAACUCUAUAUUGUAUAGAUUCCUGUUGUUGUUACUUCUAUGAGACAAAAAGGAGAGAACUACAAUAUGCAUACCAAUAGGCCAAGAAUAAUGAAACAAAAGGCUUACAGAAGUCACAAGACUAGAGGAAGACAAUGGUGAAAGGAAUGCAACUCAUGACAAUAAAGACCAUCUUCAUCUUCCUCAUCUUCAUCCUCACAACACAGGAGGAACUAUAAGAGGCUGUAAGCAGCUUGGCCUCCUUGGUAACCCAAAAUAUGUCUGUUGUCCAUCAGUAUAUGCACAUAUACGAACAAAAUGUGCAAUAAUUAUGUGGGUUUGUAACCAUAUUUAACUUUUCUUUGAAUAUCACAAUGCAAAUAAUGGCCUACUGUAUGUGAUUGAAUGAGUUGGUCAUUUUUUGUGCCAGACAAUAUUGCAACUGUUACAUGAAACCAUAGAGGUUUAAUUUAUUUCAUAACAAUGAAAAAACUGUGAGAAUUUUAAUAAUAAAAGACAUUCAAAUAUUGUCAUCAUAUCAAUA